AGUUCGUGAUUUUACGGACGAACUUCGGCCUUUCCCCUGAAGUAAACGUCGGUUGUUUGAAAUCUCUUGGCUACAAUGCGAAGAUAUCUUGUCUCACACCCCCACUUGCCUAAGCUACCUUACACUCGCUCGGCCGAAGCAACUUAAUUAUGUUCUCUGCAAUCAGGCAAGCUGCUCGUGCGCGAACGAUGCCUUUGAGGGCUGCGAAGUCAAGUCCCUCAAAUAUUGUACGCAUGCCCGCUUGCCGGACCAUAGUUACAAAAAAGUACACCGAGGAGCACGAGGCCGUUGUUUUUGACGACGAGACUGGGUUGGGUGUUGUGUCCAUAACGGAUCACGCGCAGGAGAGUCUCGGAGAUGUUGUUUUUGUGGAGCUUCCUGCCGUAGGCUCGAAGGUUUCAAAAGGCAGUCAGAUUGGUGCAGUUGAGAGUGUCAAGGCAGCCUCAGAUAUCUAUGCGCCAGUUUCGGGCACAGUCACUGAGGUAAACGAGGUCCUGAAUUCUGAACCUGGACUCCUAAACCGCUCUCCCGAGGAAAAAGGUUGGCUAUGCAAAAUCCAGCUCUCUGCUCCUGAAGAAAUGAAUGAGCUGCUCACGCUUGAGGGUUACAAGGCGACUUGGGAGGCCUGAAUCAUAACAACGAAGGAACGACCAUCUUCCUAUUUGCCGCAGAUUUGCGGGAGACUGAGUCUGACUAGCAAUACAACCUGGCCUCAACUGCCAUACCUUUGUUAUUACUU